AAGGGAUGUUCGCGGAGCGUGUCGUUCAUUUUGGAGCAGCGUACGGAGACUUGGUCCUUUUGGUUUGAAGGUCUCGUUUGUUUCACUGCUAAAUGCGCUGACGAGGGUGAGAGCUUCCCGAAAGCCGUGAGACAUGAAAGUGAAGCGACCGGGAAAGUCGCGGACUCGGAGCUGAACUCUCCCGCAUGUGGGAUGAAUGAGCAUCGCCUCGUAAAUGCGGCGAAGCAGAGCGCGCACUUUAGGCUUUUCUCACAAACCUCCACAUCUGCCGAGGUUAUAGAUUCCAGCUUUAGCGGGGGUCAGAACCCACUUAUCAAGGGCAAAGUUAACGGGAUUAUUCACCGCGAAGGAAAUAUACAGAAGGUGAUGACUGGGAAAGCAAAGUGCGGGAUGUGGGGUUGGAUUUUUGCCCUUGUGUUCCUUUGGAAUACCCACAUGUUGCGCGCUCAAGACAUCGCUCCGUACUUUAAAACCGAGGCAGGGGGUGCACAGACACACCUGGAGGGGAACAGACUCGUGCUCACCUGUCUGGCUGAGGGCAGCUGGCCGCUGCAGUACAAAUGGAUGAGAAACAGCUCGGAUAUCACUGAAUACACACCAGAGUACAGGUACACGAUUACGUCGUUAAAGCGCGAGGACGCGGGUGUAUAUCAGUGCGCGGUGAGAAACAGGAUGGGAGCGCUGAUCCAGAUGAGGGCCGAUGUUCGCGUGGCUUACAUGGAUAACUUUGCUGAACUGGAACAGAGGAAAACGGUCUCUCAGGGAAGAGCUGCUGUCCUGAAUCCUCCCGCCGUGACCAGUUACCCUCGCCCUCAGGUCACAUGGUUCAGAGACGGCUUUAAGAUCAUUCCUAACCAUCGAGUAGCAAUAACAUUGGACAAUCAGCUUGUGGUUUUGGGGACGGCGGCAGCAGACGCGGGUCGGUAUUAUGUACAGGCCGUUAACGAACGUAAUGGGGAAAACAAAACCAGCCCUUCCAUUUACCUGAGUAUAGCAGGAAAGAGCCAAAAGGUGGAGAGCAAAGAGAGAAGAAAGAAUGAGGACGAAUUAGAAAAACUGUGUGAUUUUUAUUUAAACACAUUGUCAUGCUUCAUGUAUUAUUCAGGGGUUCCCACAACGAAGCUGGAAUGGUUCAAAGAUGCCGUCCACCUCUCCACACUGAACAACCCUCGAUACAAACUCACCUCCUCCUCAAUGGUUCUGCAAGUGCGGAGAAUUCAACCGGACGAUGCUGGAAUUUUCCAGUGCUUCGCUGAAAACACGGCCGGAGAAAUACAGGCAUAUACCAACUUGGUCGUCACAAGCGUGUCGCCAUCUUUCACCACGCCCCCUUCUGACAUCACUGUGACUGAUGGAACGUCAGCUGUCUUCACCUGUGAGACAUCCGGUGCCCCCAAACCUGCCAUUGUUUGGAGGAAAGGUUCUCAGGUGUUAGCGAGCGGAUCGGUGCAGAUGCCUCGUUUCACUCUGCUGGAGUCCGGAGGCUUACGGAUACUCCCCAUAAUGCCGAGCGACGCAGGAAACUAUACGUGCUUGGCAUCUAACUCUGACGGACUGGUCAACACAACAGUGGCCCUGACAGUCUUGAGUCGAACCUUCAUUUCAACACCCCCUGAGGAUCAGCGUGUCAUCAAGGGAACUACCGCUGUGUUGAACUGCGGCGCAAUCCACGACCCCAGAGUCACCGUCAGAUAUGCAUGGAAGAAAGGAACCAAGCCGCUGAGCGUGUCGACUGGUGGGCGAGUGUCAGUGAAGGAAGGUUCGCUCCACAUCAGCCAGACGUGGUCCGGAGACAUCGGAGACUACACCUGCAGGGUCAUCUCACCUGCUGGAAACGACUCGAAAACCGCCCGACUGGAAGUCAUAGAACUUCCCCAUUCUCCACGUAACCUGCAGGUGGCUCUGAAUGAGACAGACAGCAGAACAGUUCUUCUGUCAUGGGUUCGGCCCUUUGAUGGAAACAGUCCUCUCCUGCGUUACAUCAUUGAGCUCUCUGAGAACAAUUCUCCAUGGAAGGUCUACAUGGAUGAUGUUAGUCCAGCACUAACUAAUUUGCUAGUAAUUGGUCUAACGCCAGCAAGAACGUACCAGUUCAGAGUGUGUGCUGUCAAUCAGGUGGGACGUGGACAGUACAGCACUGAGACCAACAGGCUAAUGCUGCGUGAGGAACCACCCAGCGCGCCUCCAAAAAACAUUGUGGCUAGUGGCCGUACCAACCAGAGCAUCAUGGUCCAAUGGCAGCCGCCCCCUGAACCACAGCUCAAUGGAGUCCUGAGGGGCUAUGUGCUCAGGUACAGAUUGGCAGGUCUGCCUGGUGAGUUUCAGCUGAAGAACAUCACCAGUGCAGAGAUUAAUUACUGUCUGAUUGGAGAGCUCAUCAUCUGGACGCAGUAUGAGAUCCAAGUGGCUGCCUACACUGGAGCGGGCCUGGGGGUGUACAGCCAGUCUGUCACUGAGUACACGCUGCAAGGAGUCCCUACAGCGCCCCCACAAGACGUGGAUGCUGUUGCUCUCAACUCCACCACCAUCAAAUUCACCUGGACACCACCCCCCCAACAGUUCAUCAACGGCAUCAACCAGGGAUACAAGCUGCUGGUGUGGCCCGAACACUGUCCGGAAUGCAUUACCAUGGUGACCAUUGCCCCUGAGUUCCACGGGUCACGUCACUAUGGUUACGUUAGCAAUUUAAGAAAGUUCACGUGGUAUGAGACGGCAGUGCUGUGCUUUACCACACCUGGCGAUGGACCAGCUAGCACACCACAGCUCAUCCAGACGCAUACUUACAAACCGGGCCCGGUGACUCAACUGAGCUUUACUGAGAUCUUGGACACAUCUCUGAGGAUCAGCUGGCAGGAACCGGAAGACAAGAACGGCAUUAUCACAGGUUACGUCUUGUGUUGGGAGGAGGCCGGUCAGAACGAAACCCGUGUAUCUCAGACUCUGUCCAAUUCUACGCUGACAUACAAAGUGACCGGGCUCACUUCGCUCACCACAUACACUCUGCAGGUGGCUGCGGGGACACAGGCCGGCACCGGUGCUGCCACCUCGUCGACCAUCUCGACAGGACUGCCGCCAGAGCUUCCUGGUGCACCCUCCAAUCUGGUCAUCUCCAACAUCAGUCCUCGCUCCGCCACCAUAAAGUUCCACCCCGGCAGUUACGGCAAAACCACCAUCUCCAAAUGGAUUGUAGAAGGACAGGUGGGGACUGUGGGUGAGGACGAGGAAUGGAAGGUUCUGUACGAGAUGGACAGUCCACCAGCCUCAGACACUCUGGAGAUUCCCAAUCUCAUCCCAUUUACUCAAUACAGGUUCAGGAUGAAGCAGGUGAACAUUGUGGGUUCAAGUCCCUUCAGUCAGCCUUCUCGUGUAAUGCAGACCCUGCAGUCCAAUCCAGAUGUGGCCCCGACAAAUCUCACAGUGUUUUCUGCUAGUGAAACCAGCCUGAGGAUUCGCUGGGAGCCGCUUCCAGAGGCAGCUUAUAACGGAAAUCCUGAAAGCGUGGGUUACCAGGUACGUGCACAGAGAGCAGACGGGCUUGGGCAGCCCCGGAUGGAGACAGUUUCUGAGCGCUUGUCUCGGGAAGCGACGGUGGAGGGACUUGAGGAGUGGACGGAGUACGAGCUCAGCAUUCAGGCCUUCAAUGUCAUCGGGCCUGGACCCUGGAGCAGUCCUGUGCUGGGCAAAACUAAAGAGUCAGUUCCCUCUGGUGCCCCAGAAAAUGUGAGCGCAGAAGCAAUGAGAUCCACGAGUAUAUUGGUCACCUGGGGUUCGGUCCAUGAACACCAGAAGAAUGGACACAUCCUUGGUUACAAGGUCUUGUACAAAGAAAAAGAUUCAGAGCGGGCUCCCCAGGUCCAGCUGGUGAACGGGAACCAGACUCACUUGCUGCUUUUAAAAAACCUUAGCAAGUUCAUCUUGUAUGAGGUUCAGGUGCUCGCGUUUACACGUGUCGGAGAUGGACCACCCAGCCUGCCCCCCACAGCUGAGAGAACCAAGGAUGAUGUUCCUGGUCCACCUGUAAGGUUGGUGUUUCCAGAGGUGCGUCUCACGUCUGUCAGGGUUGUCUGGCAACCUCCCUCGGAGCCAAACGGCAUCAUUAUGGGUUAUCAAAUUUCUUACCGUUUGGAUAUCAACGACCCCAACAAGUUUACCACGGUUGAGGUGGGAUCCAACGCGCGUCAAUUCACAGUGACAGGACUGAUUCCAGAAUCGGCGUAUGUUUUCCAAAUCACAGCGCGCACUCAAAAGGGCUGGGGACCCCCGGAGGAGGCCAUAGUCAUAACGACAGAAAAAAGAGAGCGGCCACAGCACCCUCGACGGCUCACCGUGCCUCAGAAAGGGGUGGAGUCUCAUAAGCUGCGACUUCAUUGGACAGCGGGGGGAGACGGCUCUUCCCCAGUGCGCUACUUCACCCUGCAGGCAUUAGAGCUGCCAGACGGCGAGUGGAAGACCCACACAUCCUCCAUCCGUCAUAAUAACACCUCCUGGGAGGUGGAUAGGCUGAAGCCAUACGCCUCUUACAAAUUUAGAAUGAUGGCCACAAAUGAUGUGGGAGACAGUGCCUUCAGCAAAGAAACUGAACCAGUUACCACUCUGCAGGACGUGCCAGAUGAAGCGCCUGUCAUUUUGAACAUCAAACCUUCAACCACAACAUCUGUGAUUGUCCAAUGGCAGCCGCCUGCAGAGGGAACUGUCAAUGGGAUUCUUGUGGGAUAUCGCGUGUAUUACCGGGAACUUCCACGUGAAAACAGUCCAGACGAGCCAUUGACAGCAACCAACCAAUCAACAAUCAGUCCGGAGUUCAGAGCUAAGAGCACUUUUAAGACAGUGAGCAGCCCUUCAUUAACAGAAUUUGAAUUAACGCAGCUCAGCAAGUACAGACGAUACACGAUUGUCCUGACAGCAUUUAAUGUUGUUGGAGAGAGCCCUUCAAGUGCACCUGUUGAGGUGUUUGUGGGAGAAGCAGCUCCUUCAGUGGCUCCUCAGAACAUACAGGUGAAAUCUGUGUCCUCUAGUCAGCUGGAUGUAGAGUGGCAGCCUCCACCUGUCGAAACACAAAACGGAAAUAUUCAAGGAUACAAGAUCCAUUACUGGGAAAAGAACAGGCAGAAUGAGACUGAGAAGGAGCUAGUUUUGUUUGUUCCAGAUACAGCCGUGCACCUGAAGAACCUGACAUCCUACACCAACUACCUUGUGCAACUGUCUGCAUUUAACACGGCGGGGGAUGGACCGCUCAGUGCAGCCCGUGAAGGACGCACCCUGCAGGCUGCUCCUGGAGCACCCAGCCACGUGGUGUUUUCGGAGGUGACAGGAAGCUCCCUGAAUGUGUCAUGGGGAGGUCCUCUGCAGCCCAAUGGAGUGGUGGAAGGCUACAGAGUGGUCUAUGAGCCCACCGCACCAGUUCAUGGUGUCAGUAAGACAGUUACAGUGGAGAUCAAGGGGAACUGGCAACGCUGGCUGAAGGUUCGUGACCUGAUGAGGGGUGUGACCUAUCGCUUCAAGGUUCAAGCCAGAACUAUUAGUUACGGACCCGAACUGGAAGCCAAUAUCACAGCAGGACCAGUGGAAGGCUCCCCCGGUUCGCCCUUGCAGACCUCGGUCACAAAGUCUGCAUCAGCUUUGACGCUUCAUUGGUCAGAGGGCGCAGAAGGGGCGGGACCUGUCACAGGAUAUGUCAUUGAGACUCGUCCAUCAGAUGAAGGAUUAUGGGAUACGUUUGUCAAGCAUCUCCCACCUGGCAGCUUCUCGUACACCAUCAGUCUGGACCGCCUACGCUCAGGUGUGGCCUAUGAAUUCCGUGUCAUCGCUGUCAAUCGUUUCGGUUAUGGCGAUCCCAGUCCACCUUCCACUGCAAUGUCUGCUCUGUCUGAAACACCUUUCUAUGAGGAGUGGUGGUUCCUGAUCGUCAUGGCUUUGAUCAGUCUCAUUUUCAUUCUGAUGGUUGUGUUUGGUUUGCUCCUGUUGGGACAGAACAAGAAGUACAGGAGCUGUGGAACAGGAAAACACAUUACUACAGUAGAGGAGUCUGUAACUCUUGACAAUGGCGGCUUCACGGCUCUAGAGCUGAACAGCAGACAUCUGAAUGUGAAGAGCUCUUUCCUAAAGAAGAAUGGAACAAGAUCUCCUCCACGGCCCAGUCCAGGUGGUCUGCACUACUCUGAUGAAGACAUCUGCAACAGCUACAAUGGGGCUGCUUUAACAGAGAGUACCACGCUUACAGAGAAACCCACUGAGCUGUCAGAGUCAGAGGUCAGCGACAGCGACUAUGAAGACGAGCAGCCCAAGCACUCAUUCGUAAAUCACUACAUGAGUGACCCCACUUAUUACAACUCGUGGAAGCGGCAGUCCAAAGGCGUGAAGACCGGAGGAGGGUACGAGGAAUGUGCCAUGACGGAUGCAGAGGGGGGGUAUUAUCAGACUGUGGUGACCCAGCACAGCGUAGGGGGCGUCUACACCCCCACGGGGCAGCCCGCACCAGGCACACGCACUCCAGUUACUGGCUUUUCCUCAUUUGUCUAAUGAACCGAUGACUUGAAACAAACGAGGAGGCUGGAGACUGGAAGUUGAGCCCUAAAACGGGACGAAUCAAACUGUUGUGCUGGUUCUAAGUUUCUUGUUUUCCCCGAAAUGUGUAUUUUAGGCCUCCUCUCUUUAAGGAAAGGAGGAGAGCAUUGAAGUAUCUUGUUGUUAACGUGUUAAUGAUUUUUGGGUGGAUUUCGGAAGAUUAACCGUGGCCCAGAAGAAGCGGAGACUUCGCACUGUGAGACUCUUUAGUAAGAGGUGGUAUUAAUUUUAAAGACUCAAAGACCCUCAAAGACGGAUGAAGGAAAUUCCUUUGUUAUGAAUUCCCGUUCCAUAGCAACCUUCCGGGAUUAGUCGUGAUGUGUGGGCAAACACACGCUUGAGUGAUUCAUUGAAUCUCGCUCUGAUCUCCAAAACUCGAAUUGAAGUUGAAACAUCAGCGGAAACUUGUACAGUGUGUGGUAGACUGGAACAACAAUGUGUUUUGUGUGGGUUUAUUUUCAUGUUGGGGACGGCCGGCUUCAUUCUGGACAAAAAGCAGCACUGAAAAUACUGCCUUUGCACACGUAUUGCUCUCUUAAACCAAAAGAGUGAUGCUUUAAGCGGGAAAAGAAAAUGAGCGUUUUCUUAGGUUAGCAAUACUGUAUGUAAAAUAUGCUGUAUGUGUGUAUAUUUUUAGGAUCAAUUUUGUACAAAAAGGAAACGUUUUUACUGUAGAGUAGAUUUGUGCCAUGUCGAUGUAGUUCUUUAGUGAUGCCCACAGCCGAUCAUUUCAGCAAGUCACAAUCCAGUGUGUUUGACUGGCUUGCAGUGUAUGUACAAUCCAGUCACCCAGAGAGAUGAUAAGAAAUGUGCCACAUUGUCUCUCCAUCCCAAAUAUACACAGAUUUCUCAUCUGCUUCAAUGUUGAACAAAUAUUUAUUUCAGUUUGAAAGAACAUCAGUGCUAAAUUAAAUAUAGUGCAUGAGAUGGAAAGACGUGUGGUUAAAGAUAUGGGCUGGUAACAUAAGGUUAUAAUGCUAUGGUGAUACAUUCAAGUACUCCUAAGAAUUAAUCAGAAAUUAUAAGUGCAUUAUGAUGCGCAUUCAGGUCAUUUUAGAUAGAAUAAAAAGGUCUCAACUAAACUGCACCAUCAACAGUCAUAAUGAGAACUUGUGAUUGAUUAAAAAAUGCUAAAAAAUAAAAAUAAAAAAAGCAAUAUUGUAGUUGACAUGCUCUUAAGUUGGUAAGGUUCAUAAUUAUGACAUACAAAGUCUAAAUUUUGAGAUACUAUGUCAUAGUUAUGAGAUAAAAAUUAGGGGAUAUUAAAUCAUAAUUAUGAGAUCCAUUUUUGACAAGGCCAAAAUCAUGAGAUAAAAGUUAUGAUAUAAAAUGUCAAAAU